GGGGUUCGUUUCGUGCAGUUCUCGUAGUUCCUGUGUCUGUCUCAUUUCCUCGUAACAUUUAGACCAUAAUUAAUAUUCUUCUGUAAUAGUCAGGUCAAAGAGAGAAAAGAAAGCAACGAAACUAAAAGGUAAACAUGCUGAGGAAAUUAUUUUUCACGCAGAAGCUUGACAGAAAUAUCAAGGAAUGUGAUGAAGUCAUUGACGCUGUGGGUCCAAUGGUUAAAGUCCUCACUACUGAGAAGAAUAAAUUAAUGAUUCAGCGUCUUCAAAUUGAGUCUGAGCUUAGAAAGCUUGGCAGAGAUCCAAAGUUGGUCCUGGAGUCCAUGGGGCUUCCUUAUUCUCCUCCUGCCUGCAGUACCAGUACUGAUUGCACCACCACCGAAGAUGAGCAAUCCCUUAUCAUGGACUCGCCUGGCUCGUCAAACACUGUUCAGUCAAGCGAAUACUCCGGCGAGACUGCUACUGGAUUGUACGACGAAGAUCUGGAUUUGGACAGUGUAAAUCCGUAUGACCUGCUCCGCGGCGAUCAAGGGGGCAAUAAUGACGAGGAGGAGGAGGAUGAAGAAGAUGAUGUAGAUGAAAUGGAAGAUCUGAUUGUCGCAUUUGAAGAAAACGAGGGCGUUUACAUUGAAGAAAAUGAGAGUGCUGACCACGAGAAAGGUGAAGGAGAGGAACAACUCGAGGACUUAAUGCAGAACAUCUCCGUCAAAGGAAACUCAAAUGCUGAGAAAGAAACUCAAAAUUAGCAGGUAUCCUCUGUCUAUAUAUAUUUGGUCAACAUAAAUUAUUUCUCAGUCUUAUAAAACUA